AUGGAGGUCUACGUAGAUGACAUGCUGGUGAAAACCAAGGAGGAAACUGACCUCUUGACAGAUCUCUCACAAGUUUUCAACACCGUAAGGUUACAUGGGAUGAGACUAAAUCCCACAAAAUGUACCUUUGCGGUGGAGGCGGGAAAGUUUCUAGGGUUCAUGCUAACACAAAGGGGGAUCAAAGUAAACCCCGACAAGUGUAAAGCUAUUCUAGAAAUGAAAAGCUCGACUUGUCUAAGGGAGGUCCAACAAUUGAACGGCCGACUCGCCGCCCUUUCCAGAUUCUUGGCGGGAUCGGCACUAAGAUCCCUUCUACCAUUCUCUCUACUAAGAAAAGGAUGCCAUUUCGAAUGGACUCCGGAAUGCGAAGAAGCAUUCCAGGAGUUCAAAAGGUUUUUGAGCCAGCCUCCAAUACUGACUCGACCCAUAGUCGGGGAAGAGCUCGUCGUGUACCUGUCAGUAGCAGACAGAGCUGUAGCAUCAGCUCUAAUACAGGAAGAUGAGGUCGGGCAGCAUCCUGUGUACUUCACCAGCAAAGUUUUACAAGGCCCAGAACUAAACCUCACGCCGAUUACGGCCGUAUUUUCAAGCGCACACGAUAAAAGUCCGAACGAACCAGCCCAUGAAGCAGAUCCUCCAGAAGAAGGACAUUGCGAGCAGAAUGGUCCAAUGGGCAAUAGAGCUCUCCGAAUUCGACCUGAAAUACGAAGUUCGGAUGGCAAUAAAAGCUCAAUGCCUCAUCGACUUCCUAGCAAAAUACGCUGGAGAUCAAGAGAAAAAAUCCACUACAUGGGAGUUAUAUUUAGAUGGGUCCUCCAACAAGGUUGGAAGAGGUGCAAGCAUAAUACUGGUCAGGAAGGGGGAACGCAAAUAGAAGUCUCCCUCAAGUUCGAGUUCCCAGCUUCCAACAAUCAGGUAGAGUAUGAAGCCUUGAUUGCAGGGUUAAAGCUGGCAGAAGAAGUUGGUGCAACCAAAGUAAUGAUAUUCAGCGACUCUCAAGUGGUGACCUCCCAAAUAAACAGAGAGUAUCAGGCCAAAGAUCCUAACAUUAAAAGGUACUUGGACAAAAUCUUGGAGCACCUUAGGCCCUUUGAGGAGACCGAGGUAAAGCAUAUAACUCGGGACCUCAACAGCAGGGUAGACGCCUUCUCGAAGCUUGCAAGUACCAAACGAGGAGGGAACAACAGAAGCCUAAUCCAAGAAACUCUCCCCGAACCCUCUGUGGUCAAAACGGAGGUUGUUCAAGAUGUCUUUGAGGUCGCCGGGUUAGACCUCGGGUGGAUGAAGCCCUUAGUCGAAUACUUGAAAUUCGACAUCCUCCCGAAAGAGGAAAAAGAGGCCAAAAGAAUCCGGAGGGAAGCACAAAACUACACGCUGGUGAAAAAUAUCCUCUAUAAAAGGGGAAUAUCAACACCACUAUUAAAGUGCAUCCCGACCUUAAAGACAACCGAGGUGCUAGAAGAGGUGCACAAUGGAAUCUGCGGGAACCAUCUUGGAGCAAGGUCGCUAGCCAGAAAGGGAUUGGACUUGCUAGGACCAUUCCCCCAAGCCUCGGGGCAAGUAAAGUAUCUAAUAGUGGGAGUGGAUUAUUUCACAAAGUGGAUAGAAGUAGAACCAUUGGCCACCAUCACCACUCAGAGAAGUCGGAAGUUCUUCUACAAGAACAUUAUCACCAGAUAUGGAGUACCUAACUCCAUCACUACUGAUAAUGGCACUCAGUUCACCGACUCAACCUUCAAAAACCUGGUGGCCAGCAUGAAAAUCAAACAUCAGUUUACAUCGGUGGAACAUCCACAAGCAAAUGGACAAGCCGAGGCAGCAAAUAAGGUCAUACUGGCAGGGUUGAAGAAAAGGUUGCAGGAUGCAAAGGGAGCCUGA